AUGGCCGACAAACGCUACCGGGUCGGCUACGCCCUCGCUCCCAAGAAGGUGAGCAGCUUCAUCCAGCCGUCCCUCCUCGAAUACGCCGCCAGCCGCGGCGUCGACCUCGUCUCCGUUGACCCAUCAAAGCCCCUGACCUCACAGGGCCACUUCGAUUGCAUCGUCCACAAAUUCUACGACGACGAUUGGAAGCUCCAGCUCGAGGCCUUCGCCGCGGAAAAUCCUGAUUCGGUGAUCGUCGAUCCGCUCGAGGCCGUGGAGAAGCUCCACAAUCGCGUCUCCAUGCUCGAGGUGGUGAGCAAGCUGAAGCUCGAUCGGAAGGAGCGGGCCGAGAUUCCUCGACAGGUGGUGGUCUCGGAUUCCGACGAGCUGAAACAGAGCGCGGCGGUGAAGGAACUAGGGUUUCCGUUAAUCGCCAAGCCGAUGGUGGCCAACGGGACGAUUCUGUCUCACAAGAUGUAUCUGAUCUUCGAUCGGGAAGGAUUGGCUGAGCUGGAGGAAGCGCCGGUGGUGAUACAGGAGUUCGUGAACCACGGCGGCGUGAUCUUCAAAGUCUACGUCGCCGGCGGCCAGGUUCAGUGCGUGAAGAGGAAGUCGUUGCCGGACAUUCCGGAGGACAAAUUGGGGACGGCCCCUUUGAAGGGCUCCCUCCCUUUCGCUCAGAUCUCCAAUCUGGCCGAUGGUGAUGUCGAUGCUAGCGAGAUUGAGUUCGCCGGCGUCGAGAUGCCGCCGGAAGGGUUUGUGGAGGAAGUUGCCAGCGGAUUGAAGGAGGCAAUGGGGCUGCAUUUGUUCAACUUUGAUGUGAUUAGGGAUGGUAGAGAUGGGAAUAGGUACCUCGUGAUUGACAUUAACUACUUCCCUGGGUAUGCUAAGAUGCCGAACUACGAGCCGAUUCUGACUGGUUUCUUCUUGGAUCUCUUGGGAGAGAAGAAGGAAGAAAAUUAA